AUGGAAGAGCUGAGUCAAGCCCUGGCUGGUAGUUUUUCUGUGUCUCAAGAUCUGAACAGCACAGCGGCCCCCCACCCACGCCUAUCCCAGUACAAGUCCAAGCACAGUUCUCUGGAACAGAGCGAACGUCGCCGCAGAUUACUGGAACUACAGAAGUCCAAGCGCCUGGAUUAUGUGAACCAUGCUAGAAGACUGGCUGAAGAUGACUGGACAGGGAUGGACAGUGAGGAGGAAGAUAAAAAAGAUGACGAAGAAAUGGAUAUUGAUGUGGGCAAGAAGUUACCAAAGCGCUAUGCUAAUCAGUUGAUGCUCUCCGAGUGGCUAAUUGAUGUGCCCACAGACUUGAGGCAGGAAUGGAUUGUGGUCGUGUGCCCUGUGGGAAAGAGAUCCCUGAUUGUGGCCUCCCGGGGGUCAACCAGUGCAUAUACCAAGAGCGGCUACUGCGUCAAUAGGUUCCCCUCCCUUCUUCCAGGAGGCAACAGGAGAAAUGCAACAACAGCGAAAGAUUACACCAUACUGGACUGCAUCUACAGUGAGGUGAGCCAAACCUACUACGUUCUAGAUGUGAUGUGCUGGCGGGGACACCCCUUCUACGACUGCCAGACUGAUUUUCGAUUCUACUGGAUGCAUUCAAAGUUACCAGAAGAAGAAGAACUGGGACAAAAAACCAAACUCAAUCCUUUUAAGUUUGUGGGGCUACAGAACUUCCCUUGUACCCCUGAAAGCCUGUGUACGGUGAUGACCAUGGAUUUUCCUUUUGAGGUGGAUGGCCUGCUCUUCUACCACCGGCAGACCCACUACAGCCCCGGGAGCACCCCUCUGGUGGGCUGGCUGCGCCCGUACAUGGUAUCAGAUAUCCUCGGUGUGGCUGUGCCAGCUGGCCCACUGACUGCCAAGCCUGAUUAUGCGAGCCAUCAGCUCCAGCAAAUCAUCGAGCACAAGAAGAGCCAGAAGGAGGGCGUGAAGGAUAAGGCCGCACACCAGGCUUCUGAGAAUGGCCAUUACGAACUGGAGUACCUGUCCACCCCGCAGCAGCCCCAGAGCCCAGCCCACACAGGCAGUGGCAUGGAGAGCUAAGGAUGGUGAUUGCAAUGGGCCCCCUGGAAGGAGGGUGCCUGGCCCCAGAAGAAGGACUCGUGUGAAGACCGUGAUAAGAGCAAGCAGCUUCACUUCAGAGUGGACUUCACAAGGCCACUGAAGCGGGCAUCAGCUUAUCUGGUAUCCGCAGCCUGGCUCAGACAGUUGUGGGAGGGCCCAGCCAAUUUAGAGUCGGGUAGCAACUGCUAGGAACACAUAUCCCACAUCCCUGAAGUAAAUACGUUAUUUUUCAGAAAAGAGUUGUUUUUGAUUGGUAAAUGGUAGAAAGGCGUGAAUCCUCUCCCCACCACACACACCUCCUUAAACCGUGGCUGCUCCAUCUUGGCCCAUUUUGCUGUCCUUUUUAGCACGUAAGCAUCCUGCUGAGUUUCCAUUGCUGCUGUUGCUUUGGGUAAUGUCAUUUUCUGAAAGGUCUUACUAGGAACUGCAAUUCUUGGUAUUUCACUAUGUUCUCUCUUCUGAGAAGACAAGUGUGAUUUGCUUUGGUUUAGACAGUGCCAGAGAUAAAAUAAAUGGAGUUCAUUCUUUCCCUA